AUGAAGUCCACAACAAGGGGCAUGAUCGGCGUGCGGGCAGUACGGCCCAACUUCUCCACCCUUGCAUGGUUGGAUCAAUUGGCGAUUCCUAGAAUUGCUACCGGCACUGCGGCCCUACGGACCCGAUCUGCGAUCCCCUCGCCUGCUCUUCAGCUGAGAAGAAACAUCUCACAGCUGCUCGCCCAGCGCCCCUCAUCUUCCCUUCCAAUUAUCACCAAUUCGCGAUUUUCGAUCCAUUUUGCCGCCCGCCGCUACGCAAGCACCUCCACCGAGGAGGCCACCGCUUCAUCAAGCGACGCGAAGCGGACCAACGUUGCUGAAGAAGAUGCCAACAACACCACAACACAGACCCGCGCGACGGCCGGCGAGAUGGAGCUGAUCUACGACGCACCAAAGAAGGGGAUCCUGCGCGGGUUGAAGCUCUUCUCGCUGACGACGUGCCUGGCCUCGCUCGCCGGAACGCCCAUCCUGGUCAUGUUUGGCAACCCCGAUGUGCCCCUGCUGGGCCGCUCGGCCUUGGGCAUCACCGCUUUGUUCUUUGGUGUGAGCACGACGGCGCUGCUGAAUCAUCUCACGAAGGGCUAUGUGACCAAGGCCUACCUCACCACGCCGACGGUGCUUGCUGAUGACCACGCGCCUGAAGAGCAGCCGAAGCAGAAGCUGGUGCUGCACACCUACAAUCUGCUCACGCGCACGCGGACGGAGGAGGUCGACGUGGACGACAUCCAGGCACCGCAGACCAUCAUGCCCUACGUCACCUUCUACUCGGAGCGCAACCGCAAGAACUACUGCCUCGAGUACACCGCCUUUGAGGACAAGGACCUGUGGCACGACCUCUUCCCCUUUGCUGAUCGUGAGUGA